CCUCAUUGGGUGUAAACUUUUCUAACCCAAUCGUUUUUAGCUGUACACGUGCUUAUUUUUUGGUUUUUUCAGAUUGCAUUAGUCAAAAUUUAUAAAUAUGUCGCUUUACAACUUCAAAAAAAUCGCGGUGGUCCCCACUGCAAAGGAUUUCAUUGAUAUUAUGCUAUCCAAGACACAGCGUAAAACACCUACUGUGGUACAUAAACAUUAUAAAAUUACCAGAAUAAGAAGUUUUUAUAUGAGAAAAGUGCAAUUUGCUCAACAUAAUUUCCAUGAUAGAUUAACACAAAUAUUGACAGAGUUUCCCAAGCUUGAUGAGGUGCAUCCUUUUUAUGCCGAUUUGAUGAAUGUCUUAUAUGACAAAGAUCAUUACAAACUUGCUUUAGGCCAAUUAAAUACAGCGAGGCACUUAAUUGAUAAUGUUGCUAGAGAUUAUGUAAGAUUGUUAAAAUUUGGAGAUUCUCUUUACAGAUGCAAGCAGCUUAAAAGAGCUGCUCUAGGGAGAAUGGCAACUAUUAUGAGGCGUCAAGCAUCAAAUUUAACUUAUUUGGAGCAAGUGAGACAACAUUUAGCUAGAUUGCCUUCUAUAGAUCCUUACACCCGAACAAUCAUUAUUUGUGGUUUCCCUAAUGUUGGAAAAUCUUCUUUCAUUAAUAAAAUCACUAGAGCAGAAGUAGAAGUUCAACCCUAUGCCUUCACUACCAAAAGUUUGUAUGUAGGACACACCGAUUACAAAUAUCUUCGGUGGCAAGUUAUCGAUACUCCUGGAAUUUUAGAUCAUGCCCUUGAAGAGCGAAAUGUUAUUGAAAUGCAAGCUGUUACAGCAUUAGCUCAUUUGAGGGCCUGUGUUUUAUAUUUUAUGGACUUAUCGGAGCAAUGUGGUCACACAUUGGAAGAACAAUGUAAUCUAUUUGAAUCUAUAAAGCCAUUAUUUUCCAAUAAACCCAUUAUAAUUGUGGUAAAUAAAACAGAUAUUGUCAAAUUAGAAGAACUUUCAGAAGAAAAAAGAGCUGUUGUAAAACAUAUAGAGGAUGACCCAGAAUUUCAAAUAUUACCGAUGUCAACAGUCACAAAUGAGGGAGUAAUGGAAGUGAAAAUGGAAGCGUGUGAGAAAUUACUUAGUUUUCGAGUAGAUAAAAAAAUGAGAACCAAAAAGGUGGAUAGCAUAUUAAACCGUUUACAUGUUGCAAUGCCAAAACCGCGAGAUAGUAAAGCAAGGCCACCUUGUAUCCCUGAAACUGUUCAAAUCAAAAGAUUAGAACAGGCUGCAAAGCGUAAACGCAAACUAGAAAGGGAUAUUGAAAUAGAGGAAGGAGAUGAUUAUGUGUUAAAUUUGAAAAAACAUUACACAGAUAUUCCAGAAAAUGAGCGUGAAGAUAUUAUCCCAGAGAUUUGGGAAGGUCACAACAUAGUGGACUAUAUUGAUGCAGAUAUAUUUGAGAAGUUAGAAGAAUUAGAAAAGGAGGAAGAAUUAAGAGAGGCAACUGGGAUGUAUGUAGUGCCAAAGAUUGAAUUAGAUGAAACUAUGCAGGAGAUUCAGAAACUUGCGCUACAGAUUAGGCACAAGAAGGCCAUUUUGAAAGAUGAAGCACGAAUCAACAAGCAAAGCAAAAAGCCGGUCGUGCCGCGUACAUCACGUGCCAAGGCAAAAGAUCGUUCAGUUUCCAAACUCCGAAAAAAUAUGGAGAAUUUGGGUGUGGACAUGUCUGAAACAGAAAAUGCGAACUUUACAAGGACUCAAAGCAAAGGAAGGUCAAUAGGCCCUGUGGCCAAACGUGCACGAAUGGAUACAGGCAAAUCAGAGAACAUGCCUGUCAUCCGGGCCAGCACUAUGUCGAAACCUCCCAGAAAUGAACAGGGAGUUAAGGACUUGGUGAUGAAGAAAAAGUUAUCUAAAAUUGCUCACAGAGCAAUAAGCAAAAAAGUUGCCAAAAUGGGUCUAAAAGGUGAAGCUGAUAGGUUUAUUGGAAAUAAAAUGCCUAAACAUCUGUUUUCGGGAAAAAGAGGGGUUGGUAAAACUGACAGAAGAUAAACGUUUGAUUUGGGCAAUAUGCCUUAUUUAGAAUUUGUUAAAGAGCGAGUAGUUAUUACUUAAAUUGCAUUAUACAAUUUAUUCGCAAAAAUUUUCUAUAAAAAAAAAAGUCAUUCAGAACAAGUAAAAUUAAAUUGAAAUGGUUUCAAUGUCUCAAAAUAUUUUGUAAUGAAAGUGUAAUAAAUAUUUAUUUA